AUGCAGUACUUUGCAGGUCUACAUGCCCUCGUUUUUUCUGGCUCUGGGAUAUGGAAUUUAGUUGUCUGGGGAAGCACAGACUUUGGCCAACCGGGCGGGAUGAAUCAUCAAGCCAACCUCCCUAUUAGCGAUCCUCCACGAUCAGAGCCCCAUAAGAAACUUCCAACGUUCAGGAAUUGCGUGGUUACCCCAACGGGCUUGAGAUCUGCUGUCCCCAAAUUGUGUCUCCCUUUCUACUCCCUAUCUAAAAUUGUGACAUCCGUCCUUCCACUUAAGCGAAUCAAAAUGCUGUUAACUCUAUGA